UUAACUUUUUUUUUAAAGAAAAGAGAGUUGCCAGAAAGAUAAAAGAAAUAACAUUGCAUCACAUGAAAUGUCAUCACAUAGUGCCCCCACAUAUUACUGUACAUUUCCAUACACAUAAUAAAAAACCCAAUCUUUUAAGAAAAAAUGAAACUGGCUGAUGGCAUCAUGUUGAUGUUUCUCAUAAUCCCAUGUUGUGUUGCUGUCAGUUACCCUGUUGCCUACGCUUGAGCAUUUCCUCAUUUGCUGUAAGUUUAGUAACACAGGUCUGUAUAGUAGCAUUAGCCUCGGUACUGAAUCACUGCUGGACAUGGAGCACUUUAUUCAUCAUUAAACCAUCACUAAAGGCAAAUAUGGGGGAGAACGUUGAUGUCAAGGCUCUGAGGGCCAGGUUCAACAACAAGGCCAGCAACUCGGACACCAGCAGCCGAGACAGCGGCUCCCCAAAAUCUCCACGACCUGGGUUUGGGAGACUGAUCCUGCCACUGGCGGAGAACGAUCUGGCGCAUCACAGAUUGUCUCCUACCAUUCCUCCUCCUCCGAUGGCUAGCCCAGGCCUGGGGAGGCUCCCGAGGGCAGAACCGAUGGCAGCCUCCGUCCCCUCCAUCCCCUCCAAACCGGUUUCUUUCCCUCGACUGCCUCCCAAUCCUGGGGUCAGAGCAUCCAUCCAGCCGCCAGAACUGGGCAAGGUGAAGCAGAAGGGAGAGAUGCUACAGAACAUGAUGAUGAAGCACCAGAGGCCUCCAGGCAUCAAACCCGCCCAGGCUCCGGCAUCAGCUCAGCCCCCUGCACCAGCUCCCACCUCCACCCCUCUACCACUUCGACUGCAGCCCCGACAGAGGAGUGCAGGGGACGUGACCCCACUCAGGAGGCGUCUACCCCCUGAAGGACCUCUGCCUUUGAAACCCAAACGCCCUCCUAAUGUCAACCUGGAGCCCUUUCUGAGCUCCAAUCGAGGACCUGCCCUUCCUGGUCCAAGAAAGAGUGACGCAGGUUCCCCGGGCUCAGCAGGCAAAAAGAUGUCUUUACCCACAAUCAUCAGUCCUCCAAAACUGCCACCACAACGAUCCAACAAACCCAGCAGGCUGCCGCACCAAAUUGCCUCUGUGGACAUUGAGGAUAACCAGGACUUCUACGAUGACAUCGCAAGCUUUGAGAAGAACGAUUCCUGGAGUGACAGUUCACCGUGCAUUGAUGGGGAUGACGACGUGUAUGAGUUUAUUGAUGAGGACCAAUUGGAGCUAAACCAGUUAAAUGCUGAGAAGCAAAACAAAAAAGAAGCAAAGAUACAACUUGCGAAGGAGAAGAAAGAUCAGAUGGAGCGUCAAAAAAAAGAAAAUGAGUUGAGGAAGAACUUUCAGUUGCAAGGUGAGGUGGAGGUUCUUCAUACAGCCAGAGUGAGGCAUGACUGGCAUGGAGGAGGAAAACUGGACCUCAGCGUACGCGAAGGAGAGAGCGUGGAGAUCCUCAGAGUGAAGAAUAACCCAGGAGGCAAAUGGUUGGCUCGCUCUCUUAAAGGAAACUGCGGAUACAUCAGUAACACAUGUGUGGAUGUUGACUAUGAGGCAGUAAAGCGCAAAUUGCUACAGUUCAGAAAAAUAGACACAUCACCGUUGCCUCCACCACCUCCAGACCCCCCACUGAUGUUAUAUGUUGAGUCCAAUAGCAGUGACAGCAUGCUUCAAGAUGAUGAUGACUAUGAUGAUGUUGAACCAAUAACUGAGGGUUUCCCCCCACCACCGCCUGAAAUCAGCAUAGAUCCCAAAUUGGAGAAAGAGCUAAGGAAAAGAUUUAAGUAUGAAGGGCCUCUCAGGGUGCUGCACACCAUGAUGGUAGAUCCUAAUAGCAUCAUAAAGAAGCCAGGGGGGAAGGAUCUGCAUGUGACUCCAGGAGAAGUCGUGGAAGUCAUUCAGCUCACCAACAGCAAGAAAGCUCUGUGUUGCAACCAGGCUGGAAAAUAUGGCUAUGUGUCCAGAUCUCUUCUUCUUCAAAUGGAAGGAGACAUUUAUGACGAUGUUGAAUACGCAGGCAGUGCCGACGUCUAUGACAACGACUCUCCACACACUGAUUAUUGAAACAAACUAAACACAGACUAACACAGUAAGAAAGAGAGAUAUACAGACAGACAAAAGAAACAAACUAUACAAACAUGUAAAACUUAUAAAGCUAUAUAAUACUAUAUAAGUAUCCACCUGGAUACACAUUUUUGCUUUACUUAACUCCACCUGUUGCAUUCAAUUAAAAACUAAACUUUUAUUAAUAAUUAAACACCAGGCGGCCUGUUACAACUGAGGUGGAACAGAAAAUAGCUGUCUGGCUCACAAACUAAAAAAAUAAACAAACUAGCUGAUAUAAAACUAAAAUUGUAUAAAAACUAAAUAAAACUGAGGGACAAAAACAGAAAAUAGUGUGAAGAAAGAGAUCUGUCUAGAUACACACACACACACACACAACACACACACGCACGCACGCACGCACACACACACACACACACACACACACACACACACACACACACCACACACACUUGAAGUGGGGCCGCUGCUCCUUCAUCAUGAAAGGGGCCAGUUGAGGUGGUUCGGGCAUCUAACCAGGAUGCAUCCUGGUAGAGGUUUUCCGGGCACGUCCAACUGGUAAUAGGCUCCAACAAGAGAUUAUCCAGUAUAUCUCAUCUGGCCACACCUCAGGGUUCCUCAGGAAGAGCAGGAAAACGUUGCUGGGGAGAGUGACGUCUGGAAACUUUGCUUAGCCUGCUGUCCCCGCAAUAAGCGGAUGAAAAUGGAUGAAUGGAUGGUUGGAGGAGAAUAUCAAACUCGUUAUCAUUGCAUGGUUUGUUAAACUGCUUGUAUAGAAAAUGAAUACACUAUUACUGUCGCUUUGUGUAUCGUUCCCCUGAGAUAAUUUAAAAUAAAUAAAAUACAUUUUUACUGGUAA